AUGGAUCAAACCAACCUGAAAUGGCAGACCUUUAAUGGCUCUCUCCCCAACGGAGCAGUUUCAAUCUACAAUGAAUAUGUUGGACGCACCGACUAUGUUGCCAAAUACGGUAGCACGGCCGGCUUGUACAACCCUAACAAGGGUCCUUACUGCAUCUACCCCUAUGGUUUGAAAGAGCAUCGUGGCUCUCCAUUUGAGAUCCUGUUAAACAAAGACAACUUUGAGAUUUUAGAAUGGAAGGAUGGCUCCAACGGUUCAGUGCCUGAUAAUGCAGUUGAGACCUGCCCCGGCAGCGGUAUAUAUGUUGGGAAGACCCAGUAUGGUCUUGGGAAGGUAGAUGUUAAAAAUAAGUCGUUCUACUAUCCGUGGGAAGGUUCUGAGCAUUGGGAACGUUCCUACCAGGUCCUGACUGUUAACAAAGGUGUAAUGAGGCAGGAAAUAUCUGAUGUCAUGUAUAAGACUGCGGUUAAACCCAUUAAGAGUCCAGUGACCUUGAAAAAAUCUGUCGUCACCAACAAUGAUUGCCGCUCAGUGAAACAGACAACUACACUCUCAGAGACAACCCAAAAGACGCAAAGGUGGGACCACAACCAUUCAGUCACAGUGGGCGGUAACACUACCAUCACUACUAGAAUCCCCUUAAUCUUUGAAGGAAAAAUUGAGAUUAACGCAGGAGUAAUUUACCAGUACAGCACGGGGAUCACUCAUAGCGAGUCGACCACCCACAAUGUUGCUGUUGAGGUCAAUAUCCCACCAAAUCACUCCUGCUGUGUCAGUUUGGUGGGAUAUAAGUACACGGCAGACAUCCCAUACACUGCACGCCUCAAGCGCACCUACACAAAUGGGAAGACCUCAUUGACGUCAAUCUCUGGGACCUACAGAAGUGUCCAAAUUGGAGAAGUCCGGGGUGUGGUGGAUCGCUCUACUCCUGUCCCCAACGCCAGGCCCUGUCCUAUAAAAAUAGCCUUAACAUUGUAA